GCCGCGCCCAUGGCGCAAGAAUAUUGCACAACAUAUUUUCAUAAUUUAAUCAUCAGUUUUGCAAUAUGCUGUUAUUUUGGUAGUAUUAAAACCGAACAUUAUACAAAUUAAACAUAAAAAAAUAGUUGGAGGGUAUAGAACUUAAUAUUUGACAUUAAAACAGAUUUUCUUUAAUAUCUUGAUAAUCACAGUUGACAACUGCCAUUUUAACAUUUACAUGUAAAUCAGUGAAUAUGGCUACGAAUUCUCCAAAGAGAGUGCAAAGGGUAAAACCCAAAAAGUAUACUACAUGUCAACUCUACAACACCAAGGAGGCUCAAUGCAAACUUGUGGGUCUUACACUCGCAAGCUGCAACUCGGCAUCAAGGGGGAAAUCUGUGAUACAGGAGGAAGCAGAUGUUCCCCAAGAGACAUUAGUACCAGAUCCUUCACAGCUGGUAGUGUCAGAGGUGAUGGCCUGUAAUUACUGUGACACUUCAUUCUCACACAGAGUUGAACAGAAAAGACACUAUAGGUCUGACUGGCACAGAUACAACCUCAAACUUAGGCUAAAAGGGAAGAACAGUGUCCCUGAAGAAGUAUUUGAGGAUAUGUGUGGUAACAUCUCUAGUCUGUCGGGUUCUGACACUGAUACAGAUGGGGACACAGACAUUGACAACCAGCCCCGAACUGGACCCAACAAACUCCUGCCUGGUACUCAGCGUAGACUGGUGCGUGAAGGGGGUAACACCAGCAGCACUGAUAGUGAAUCUGAAAGUGGGAACCAGACAGAAGACAUUGCAAGAAGGCUGCCAAAGGUUUACUUCAGCAACCAUGAGGGAGAAAUCCUAUCCAUCUACAGAUGUGUGCUCUGUCAUAAAAAGAGCCACCCAAGUUACACUGAAGACUUGGUUUCAAUGGCCGCUACAAUACCAGAUCAGAUGAACUGGGCUGUGUUUAUGGCCGGAGGGGGCCAUUUUGCUGGGGCGGUGUUCAAUAAAAAUGAGAUGGUUGUCCAUAAAACAUUUCACCGCUAUGUUGUCCGUGCUAAGCGAGGUACAGCACAGGGUAGUCGUGACAGUCAGGGAAAUGCCCCCAAGUCCGGAGGGGCCUCACUCAGGAGGUAUAACGAGGCUGCUCUAACACAGGAAAUACAAGAAUUGAUAGCGUCUUGGCGUCCACAUCUCGAGAAAUGUGACCUCAUCUUCUUACGCGCUCCAAGUUUUAACCGUAAGAUCUUCUACUCUGGGAAAGUCCCAGCAUUUAAGAAAGAUGACUUGAGGAUACGCCUUAUACCGUUCCAGACAAGGCGACCCACAAAUAAUGAAGUGAGACGGGUGUUUGAGAUGUUGGCAUCGAUAGAAUGUUACGGUGAUGAAUCAGAAAUCCAGGAUCUGGUUCCCAUUUCUCCACCACAGGUGUUCAACCCGGAAACCGGCAACCUCGAACCGCGGGAUGAGAACCAGCUAUCACCAAGGAAACGCAAGCUUCUGAAUAAAAAGAUCGGUGCAAGCCCCUUGGUGAAUGAGACAAAUGAUAAUAAAGCUUCCGGUGAUCUGGAGAAUGCUGAGCCGAAUAAAGAGGAAACUGUGUCUUCAAAGCCUUUUCUUCCAGAUCACAUAAAGGAGGAGACCAUGUCAUCGGGAACAUCUACAGCUAGUGACACAGAGUUGAUAGAAACCAUGGCAACCAUUCACUUCUCCGAUCUGAAAGAGUACUCAAUGUCGAAGAAGCCUAAACAAAAGAAGAAAAGUGCACGGAAAAGAAGACCCUCCUUGAAAGGACAGAAUGAACCGGAUUCAAAUGUUAUGGAUGAAGAACUAUACCAUCUAAGGAACAGUCUGUAUACAGCUUGUAAAACAGGCGACAAAGAAAGCCUUGAAAGCCUUCUUGCUGUGAUAUUUUCCCCUCCUGCUGCUGUUGAUAAUAAUUCAGAAGCCAAGCAUGACAAUGCUGAGGACAUUGAAAGUCAGAAAAAGGUUGAUGAGUUUGAUAAAGCAACUAUUCCUACUGCUGUUGAUAAUAGUGAACUGAAUGACCACAUUGUUAAAGCAGGUAAUGAAAAUGACAACAUUUGUCUAAAAUCAUCAGAGAUAAGUGAUAAUAGAAUAAUUGCUGAUAUAAAACAAACAGACACAUUAAAAAAUGUUGAUGUUAAGAAAUCAGAUGGUGAAGAAAUUGCCCAAAAUUCAAAGGAAUAUGUUAAUAUAGAAAAGUCUACAAGUCUUGAAUGCAUUACAGAAAUGAAUUCAGAUAAAAGUCUCCUUGUAGACACCAACUGGAAAGCAUGUGAUACUCAUACAGAUAUUAAUACAACAGAUCUUGAUGAAACAAAAGAGAAAGUUACAGUGAACAUAUCAAGUCAUCAGGUAGAACAUCCGACCGCAAUACCAGAUACACCUUCCAUUUUAAAACCGCAGACCAUUCCAAUCCUUUCACCAAGAACAAAACCAACUGUUUCCACUGGCAAUAAAGACCCUCUAACUCCUGUCUUUGUAUCUCCUGACAUUGUAAGUGAACCGAUAGGGGAUAACAACACUACCCUUCUCCAUGUAGCAGCUAAAGAGGGGCACGCACGUAUUGUUGCCUUGUUGCUGGAGGCGGGCGCUAGUCCUGUGCUGAAGGACAGAAACGGUCAUUCACCCUAUAUGGCAAGCAAGGAUAAGGCAACAAGAAAUGAGUUUAGAAGAUUCAGGGGAAAGUGGCCGGAUAGAUAUGACUACAAGGUUGCACAGAUUCCAGAACCUCUCUCUGAAGAAGCUGAGGCUGAAAGGAAGCGAAAGGAACAAGAGAGAAAGAAAGCCCAGAAAAAAGCUAAGCAAGAACAACAGAAAGCUAAGAAAGAAGAAGAGGAGAAACAAAAGGCAGAAGACAGAGAGAAACAGAGAUACCUGAACAUGUCGGACAGAGAAAAGAGAGCGUUGGCUGCUGAACGUCGUCUGUUGAAUCAAUGUAGCACACAGGGAGGAGACAAGCCUGUGCUUAUCCGGUGUUUUCAGUGUGGAGCUGACAUGACCGGAAAAGUUCCGUUUGAAUAUUGUGACAACAAGUUCUGCACAUCCAAAUGUCUACAACAGCACAGAAAAACUCAAACUGCCAAGAAAUAAUGCUCUUUAUAUGUAUUAGUGAUGCUUUAAACUACAUUUUAAAGCGAAUAAGGACUAUUUGGACUAUUUGAAGCAACAUUUCUUCUCCUGGAGGUACAAUAAACCCCACAAUUUAUGGAUCAGGAAAACAUUGUUUUGUUCCUACGUUUGUGUUGAUUUAUACAUAGUUGUUGAGGAAGCGUUGUUGGAUCUUUGAUCUUCAUGAAAACAUUAUUGAAAUGAGAUUUUGGAGGAAAUAAAAAAGUGCUAGGAUAAACACCUAAAACUAGGAAUAUUUGCUUGAAUAUAAGAUUAAUUGCAAAAAGCCUUUUAACAUAUAAGACAUCCUAGAUCAUGCAUGACCAAAAUUAUUUUAUAUAUGAAUUUUUUUAUUUUUUAAAUGGUCUAACUGAAAAAUUCAGAAAAAAUAUUUUCUCGCUAUUUGUCUGUUAAUCAUAUUGUAAUAAUAAUAAAAU